AUGGCAACAGCUGCACUGAACGAACGACUUACACUCCAGAUCCCCCUCCCAUCGCCGCGGCUAGCCAAGAUCGCAGCAGAUGUCCUGGAUGUUGACAAGGAUCUCAAGCCAGAGGUGUCAAGGCGUCUCAUCAGCACACAGGACAACAUCUUGACUCUUGACUUUCAAACGUCGACAUUGAAGUUGUUGAGGACGGUUGUCAACUCUUCGCUAGAGAUGGUACAAAUGGUCGUGAGCACGAUGGCCUCCUUUGACACCGAGUCUGAAGAGCCAUAG